UUAACACAGAAAGUCACCUUUGCAUCUGGAAAGCAAAGAGAUGGCCCAGGAUCACAACCAUCAGCUUUGUCAUUCCAUCAGACUCUCCAAAAAGGGACGAAACCGAUGUUUCAUGUGUGAAAAAGUUUGACCCUAUUAACAACCAAUCAAAUCUGACCCCAUUUCUGAGCUGCUAUCUGCUCGUCCGCUCAAAACAUUCAGCUCUUAAGACGCCUGAGACGAUGCAGCUGUAUAUGAUCCUCUGCGGAGUUAUUUAUCUGGCGGUAGUGAUCCAGUCAGCAGCAGUCAAGCAGGACACCGGGGUUAUCACCACCAGUGUCGGGGACAAUGUAACUUUACACUGCUUCUACAACAGCCAAGUGGCAAUGCACUUCUCCUGGUACCGACAAACGUUAGGAGGCGGACCUGAGCUCCUGUCUACUGUCUAUAAGUACGAUAAACCAUCCAAAGUGUUCCCCUGGAUGGAGAGGAACCCUCGUUUCUCUGUGGAAAGGAAGGAAGGACUGAAUCAUUUACGCAUCACUGACGUUCACUUCUCAGAUUCUGCCACGUACUUCUGUGGAAGCUCACACUCCAACAUAGUGGAAUUCGGAGAGGGCGUCUUUCUAAAUGUCAGAGGAGCCAGACUCAAGGAAAUAGUCCAGGGGCCAGCAUCUGAGAUCAUCCAGCCAGGAGACUCGGUGACUCUGAACUGUACCGUACAUGCCGGGAGCUGCGAUGGAGAACACAGUGUGUACUGGUUCAGACAUGGAUUUCGCCACGGCAUCCUUCACACACACGUGGAUCGCUGCAAACCCGCCUCCACGGCAGGCUCUCCUUCAUGUCUCUACCAUUUGCAGAAGAUGAACCUGAGCUCCUCUGACGCUGGAAUCUACUACUGUGCCGUGGCCUCCUGCGGGGAGGUGCUGUUUGGUAACGGGAGCAAGCUGCUGGUCAAAGGUGACGACCAAAUGACAUCGGUGACAGUCCUAGUCUGGCUUUCCAUCUUUAGAACUGGGUUUCUCUUCUUCUUUGUGACCGCUUGUCUCUGGAUUUACAUCAGUAGACGCAGGUGAAGUUUUUAUUAAUGCAUGUAGCU